UGAUGCCCGUGUUGCUGGUGGUACUGGUGGUACUGGCAUGGGUGAUGUUGGUGGUGGAGGUCGCUUGGGUACCGUCGGUGACUACCAGGGUCAACUCCGUCCUACUCAUCAGCGUCAAGUUUCUGCCACCUCUUCCUCCGGCGGUCUCUUUGUCAGCCAAGACGGAAUCACCCCCGGACGUUCCGACACAGGCCAGAGCCAGAUACAGAGCGAUGGAAGCCCCAUUGUCAAUGGCGGUGGUAUGGUCGGCUUGGGCGGUGCUCGCCUUAACGUUAAGAGAGAGGCUUUCAGCCCCGGCUCCGACUCUCGGAUCCCCGAUCCCUUUGGCCCUUCUUACUAGGGGCUUCUUCCGUGUAUACUUACUUCGCUUUCUGAGAUCAGAGGGGUCCAGGGAUGGGGGCGGUUGAUGCCUUUCGCUUUUCUCUCGG